AUGUCACCAGCCCUAACUUUAUCAAGUGAGAGAUACAUCGGCUUCCUCAUUGUUGCUUGUUUAUGGCUUUCCGUACGAGAAAUUCAAAGGUUGGCUAAAGAAAAAGAUAUAUUUUACAAAGCUCAACUUAUUACUUCAAAUUUGUUUAUAAUUCCCAAGUAUAACCGCGCCACGCCGCAUCCCCUUUCUGUAAAGUUAAUUGAUUACAACUGUUUAAAUGAAGCAGAUGCUAACAAAAUUUCGGAAAUCGAAGUUAUGUUGGACACAAAAAAAUUCCAUUCUCCGGCGGAUGAGGGGAAAAGCCUUUAUCAUGAAGCUACUAGGAUGCGCAGAGGUUUAGUAGAACUUAGGAAGCUUGAAGAACAAUGUAAAGUUGAAUUAGGUCAUCUAAAACAAGAUUUAAAACUCGUUCAAGAGUAUCUUAGUUCCUCAAGAAGCACGGAAGGUCGACUUAUGCUAAGCAAAAAUAAGUUUUUCGACUCGUUCCAAAAAGAUAAAAAACCUGUCGCAGAAAAAAGGUCUGCCAAAGCGAAAGCUAAAUUACAUUUUGUAUAUGAACUUCCUAACGGAAACCAAAUACUUGUUGGAAAGAAUGCUAAAGGAAAUGAGAAGGUUACUUUCGAAAUAGCCAACCGAAACGAGGAUUUAUGGCUACACGUGGUGGGAACUUCUGGGGCGCACGUGCUAGUUAAGCCGGGAAUCGCCCAGGGUAAAGCCAUCCACGAGGAAACCCUCCAAGAAGCCGCCAAUCUGGCCGCCUACUAUAGUCAUGGAAGCGCUCAAAGUAAAGUUCCGGUGAUGGUGGCCUCCCCCAAGCAGAUUAAGAAGUCCCCAAAAGGCUCGCCGGGGGCCGUCUUGGUUAUGAAGCAGCAGCGCACGCUCCUCGGCUGCCCUGCAAACGCCCUUCCGUCAGACACACAACAAUAAUAAAAAAUC